AUGGCAAAUACUAGUGAUCAAAGCAAUUCAGCUUGUAGUCUUUCCGAUGAAAGACACGUACUCCUUGUUCAAUAUAUUUUGGGUGGAUGGACAUCAUGUAUUAUUGUUCUUUUCGGCGUAUUCAGUAAUGGCCUUUCAAUAUUAGUAUUAUGUAACAGUCGUAUGCGUCGUCUGUCAACAAAUAUCUAUUUGCUUGCACUUUCAAUCGUCAAUCUUGCUUGGCUCAUUCUUUAUUUUGGUGUUAAUUCAUUUCGAUUUACCCUUAUUGUACCAAAAUUUCUAGAAAAUCUAGAUGAACAUAAUCAUCAUGAAUAUGAUGAUUUUGUACAACGAUUUUCUCCAUAUGUAGUCCCAUUGAUGAAUACUUUACAGCUAUGCUCAAUUUAUUAUACUGUCGCUGUAUCAUUUGAUCGGUUUCUUUAUUUAUCAUAUGGUAUUCAAGCAGAAGCAAUUUGUACUGUAAGAAAUUCUCUUCGUGUAAUAACGUGUAUCACGAUGUGUUCAAUUUUAUUUAUUUUACCACAUUGGUUUAAAUAUCGAGUUGAAUUAAAUGAAAAUAAUCGUUCGCAAUUAAGACUUACUUCAAUUGGUGAAAAUGAAUUAUUUCGUAAAAUAAUUCAUAUAUGGCUUUACAUUCCUGUUGUAUAUGCACUUCCAUUUCUAUUGCUUAUAUUUAUAAAUUUUUUUACAGUAAGAUUAUUACGUAAGUUUUAUUUACAUCGUCGUCAAAAUUUUAAUUUAACAUCGGCAUUAUCAACACAAAAUAAUGAACAACGUGAACGUGAUAUAACAUUAAUGUUAAUCGCAGUUGUUUUAUUAUUUUUUAUUUGCCGUUUUCCAAUGUUAAUUAAUCAUAUAUUUGAAACAAAAUUUUCUUUAACAUCCUAUGAUGAUCAAGAAAAUAAAAAUUCAAAUUCUACUAGAAAUAUUUCUUAUGAUAAUUGUCGUUCUCGACGUUUAUUUAAUACAACAGUUAAUUUUUUACAAACAAUCAAUGCAUCAGCGAAUUUGUUUUUUUAUUAUCUAUUCGGUGAAAAAUUUCGUGAAACAAGUUUUCAAUUAGCAAAACUAGUUCGUAAACGUGUUGUAAGACGACGAAAUACAUUAGUAGAAAAUAUUACUUAUUAUGUUCAACGCCGAAGCACAAAUGUAAGUAUAACACUACAAAAUCAAACUGUUGAUCAACAACAACAGCGACAACAAUCAUUAAGGUUAUUGAAUAUGGAGCAAUAUGACUUAUCUAGAAAUAUUUAG